AUGGUGGGCUCGCUGCUGUUCAGUUUGGCAACUCUUGCGUCAGCAUAUGCCUCGGUGAUUCCCGAAAUCACGGGCUACUCGAGGGUUUCUAAAAACGGCGCUAGUGGCGCAGUGGUGGGCAGUGACGCGCGUAGUUUGAACCUGUCGCCGGUCUACAAGCCGGGAAAUAGCUUAAAAGUUUACAACGGCGAGGUCAUUGAUUAUCCUCCGACACAAAAGUACUCGACCUUGGACGAAGAAAUGGUGGCAAAAUUGGAUGGGAAAGCGAGUCGCCAACAGGCGCAAGACAGGUUCCAUCCACCAGCGAGCUUCGAGCAUGUUUUAGCGCACUCAAAUGCCGGCGGUUCUGGUGCUCUUAGACUGCAGAGACCGUCAGACUUGCCAGGGUCGUCGAGCUCUUUGGCCUCUCAAUCCUCAAGUUCAUCAUCCUCUAUUUCUUCCGGUGGUUACGCCACGCUGCCGCAACAAGUUUACUCUUCAAAUACUUAUCAUAAUAACCAUGAUAAUUUGCCUUCUAUUACUGUUGAUGGAUACUAUGUGUCUGAUGAUUCUUAUUCCAAGCUACCAGAUACAUAUGGAUUAAAAAAUUACAAAGAUAAAAAACUGACAAGUUAUCUUGAUAAAUUGCCAUCUAAACCGAAAUACAAACCAGUGCCAGGAUACAUAGAUCCUGAUGAUCCAUACUUACCUAAUGAUAAUGAUAAUGAUAAUGCUGAUGCUGAUCACGGUCAUGAUCACGGUCAUAUUCACGACCUGACAUACCCACAUGAGUAUAUCUUCGAUCACCCACCGGACGAUUUCUAUCACCACUUCACUAGCACAACCACCGAGGAGCCAAUGAACGACCAACGUCUCAAUAAACGUCCCUACUCUUACUACUACAUCGGCAAAAAACUCUGGUACCUGCCACUGUACUUCAGUAUUUAUUUCAUUAUUUAUAUUGCCGCCUUAGUGUUAAAGAGUGUCGCCAGACACAAGAUUAAUUUUCCAGCGAAUUUAGCAGAAGCUGCGGGCGCUAGGCAACUUAAUGCUAAUAAUAAUUACGCCUGUUACAGUUACACAAAAUGUAACAUUACUUUGAAAGUUAGUUCACUAGCAGUAACCAGUUUGGCUAUCGGUCUUCACCGAAAAUCAUCUCGUAAUUUUCUGACAGCUACAACAGACAAGCCAUCUGUUAAACUUUACUUUUAUAUCGGUUUAGAAUAA